GGUGGCUGUUGUGGUGGGCAUACGGGGAGAGCAAUGAGGACGCGAGCAGGGCAAAACAAGGGGGGUGCAUGGAGGAAAACCAGGAAGGACAAGGGAGCAAAAUUAGCGGAAGAGUGCAAGUGCACCAUCGGCAUCCCAGAGAGAACGACGGUAGCUCAUUGUGCCAGCAGGGACACGAGAGCCACGCAUGCAGAGGUGGCGGGCCCGAAGAAUAGCUAGGCUGAGCCGAGCAUUAACGUAGCCACGCACCACUGAGUAGGGGCGUUACCACUUUGCAGCGAGCAAAGCGGAAAUACGUUUCGCGAGUGCCUCAGCUUCGGCCCCAAGGAGACCAUCAGCAGAGACAACAAACGGCGUAAAGUGGCGGCGCUGGGAAAGACAGGCGUCGAGGUACUUGCGUUUCUUGUCACGUUCGCCAUUGCGAAGGACCUUGUCAGGAUCCUUGCGACAGUGAGAAGCAGCAUCAAGAUUGAUGACACGAACAUCAAUUAUGCCGUCAGUUCCGCGUUGCCAGAGGCCACGGAUAAGGAGAUCACCUCGUUCCUCAGAUGGGGUGAGAACUACAGGAGAGUCUCUGGAAGGCGAAGCAUCCGUAGCUGCAGAGCGACUAAGUUGGAUACGGGGUUCGUCGCGAACUGCAGAUGGGAUGAAUGCCUUGGCAGCGAGAUCACCAAGUUCAUCACGCACUUCAUUGUGGCGUUGGAGAACCAGGCCGCCCUUGGUACAGGAAAGGGCGUGAGUGACACUGAAGCGCUCUCCACAGCCAUCACAGUGGCUGGGAAGAUCAGAGGGGCUCCGAUCGUAGCGCAAGUGCAAAGCAUCGCGGAAUUCCUGGGCAGCGAGAACAGUGCCAUUUUCUGGCACUGGAACCACAUGAAGCCAGGCGCCAGUCUCCGGGGCGCGCUUCACAACAGAACGACUGGAACGUGGCAAGGUACCAGGUACCUAAGACCUUGUGCAGGUUCACAGCAGCUGCAGCUUCGCGGCAAGCGCGAAGAGCCUCACGACCAUCAGACACUGCCUGACGAUGAUCCGCAAUGCGGAAUUCUUCGGAGGGAUCACACAGACUAGCUGUGAUCACACUGCAGAAGCUGUGCAGAUAAACCGGUACAGUCGUACCUGGCUGCUACCAGUACAGAGAGUGCAAACAUACUGGUAGCUGCCAGAGAGAGCGUGUGACAGUCGCAAUGGGGAAGAAGAGCAGACGAGUCCGCAAUGGCGUCGGUGAGGUUUCCACCAGCAACAAUGCUGCUGCACCACCAAAAGAAGAGGACUGUCACUCGAAACCGAUUCCGCGGCAACGAUUCCUCUUUCCUGAAGACUGGGACAUCAACGUGGCCGCUUCACAUCCCUUUGUUCGUCCCGAGUAUCAAUACAUUUGCAUCGACGCGGAAAAGUACAUUGACAAGAACGAUGGGAUCUCGGAAGUGAGUCGCAAGAACAAGAGCCAAAAGAUUGAAAACUAUUCCGAUUGUCCCAUGUGUUUCAAACCAUCCACACAGCAAUGCUCCGUGUGCAAGUGCGUCAAUUACUGUUCUCGAGAAUGUCAACUGGCCCACUGGAGUGCAUCCCACAAAAAGGCGUGCCAGCCCAAUCCCAAACAGCAAAAGUUCAAGCUGAACCUGGAAGUCUUUCGCGGCAUGCCUGAGGAUUGCUUUGAGGGACACGAGUUCUUGGUGGUCAAACCAAGCGAGAAACUGGGCUCCUUGCAAGCCAUCUGUGAUCAAGUUUUGGAACCUGCCGAUGAUCUACUGGAUAUCCCUGGUUUUGGAUCCGAUCAGCUUGAUGACGUGUGGUUGAUGGAGAACAGCUCGCAUCCUAUUUAUCAAAAGAUGGUCCACAAGUUUGGGUUUACAUCUGGGCGCAUUGGCCACGAACUGCUUUACGGAUACCGACUCGCUGAAGCUCGAUUCCUGUACUUUCUAUUGUGUGAUGAUUCCUUUCAAUCCGAACUGACCAUGGCAUCCUCGUACUAUGGAGAAGCGCUCUUUCCACCACUGUCUCCGGGCAAGUUUGUGCGGGGAAACAUUGUGAUUUACAAGGUCAUCGUGACCAACAAGCAACGAAAGCAGCAGCGUCAGGGCAAUGUACCAUUCUUGGAGUUUACGGAUGAUGCCGACAUUAAAUUUGAGUUUGUGCUCGUGCCCAUGAACAAGGCAGAAUUGGCGUUGAUGUUGUCCGUCCGAAAAAAGGCCAUGGAGAACGGUGCUUACACCACUCGAAUGUGGCGGUAUCAUGUGCGUGCCAAGGAGCGACAAGUGGAAAUGGAUAAAAAGGCCAAGGCAAAUCCGAAUCAUUUGAAUUUCUCGUACUGAAAGAAGGAAGCAGGAUGGGGUCAAGUUGAUCACCCUGUGCGAUGACGACCAACGACAACAAACUUUGCAUGGUUGCAUUGCAUGCAGUUGUUCUUGAAUGCACUGCGGAAUCAAAGUGCCUCCUCAUAAGCAUUCAGCCCUGGGGCCCGAGGCAAGACAAGAAUCUAAGUACCUACCGGUAGUAUAACAAGCUUUAUGGGCAACCUGAGUGGAAGGGACGUGACACUACUGGUCUCCAGCAUAGACACCAUAGCUUUGAACUGGACAGAGAAGCAACUCGUGCAA